GCCGCCAGGGGCCGGCCGCAGGAGCCCCCCUGCAUGGCCCCGCCCUGGAUCUUGCUCCUGCUGCUCCUCUCGCCGGACAGGAAGUGACCGCACUGCGGAGGCACGCGGGCCGGAAUCCGGAGGGCUGGGGGGGGGGCGGGGAGGCAGCUGACGGCCAACGAGAUGACCACGGCUUCAGCCCCCUCCAUUGGGCCUGCCGGGAGGGCCGCUCCAGUGUCGUGGACAUGCUCGUCAUGCGAGGGGCGCGCAUCAACGUCAUGAACCGCGGGGACGACACCCCCCUGCACUUGGCAGCCAGCCAUGGCCACCGCGACAUCGCCCAGAAGCUGAUCCAGUUCAAAGCGGAUAUCAAUGCGGUCAAUGAGCACGGGAACACCCCCCUCCACUACGCCUGCUUCUGGGGCCAGGAGCAGGUGGCUGAGGACCUCGUGGCCAGCGGGGCUCUUGUCAGCAUCUGCAGCAAAUACGGGGAGACGCCCCUGGACAAGGCCAAGGCACCCCUGCGAGACCUGCUGAGAGAGCGUGCUGAGAAGCUGGGCCAAAGCCUGACCCGCAUCCCCUACAAGGACACCUUCUGGAAGGGCACGACGCGCACCCGGCCCCGCAACGGGACGCUGAACAAACUGGCCGGCAUUGACUUCCGGCAGCUGAGUCUGGGCCACAAGCUCAACGAGAACCAGUCUGGCGAGCUCUGGAAGGGGCGCUGGCAGGGCAACGACAUCGUGGUCAAGGUGCUGAAGAUCCGGGACUGGACGACCCGGAAGAGCCGGGACUUCAACGAGGAGUACCCCAAGCUUAGGAUCUUCUCCCACCCGAAUGUCCUGCCGGUCCUGGGCGCCUGCCAGUCCCCGCCUGCCCCCCACCCGAUCACCAUCACCCACUGGAUGCCCUACGGCUCCCUGUACAACGUGCUCCAUGAAGGAACAAACUUUGUGGUGGACCAGACCCAGGCGGUGAAGUUUGCCCUGGACAUUGCCCGCGGCAUGGCCUUCCUGCACACCCUGGAGCCGCUCAUCGCUCGCCACUCUCUCAACAGCCGCAGCAUCAUGAUCGAUGAGGACAUGACUGCGCGGAUCAGCAUGGCCGAUGUCAAGUUCUCCUUCCAGUGCCCCGGCAGAAUGUAUGCCCCCGCAUGGGUGGCCCCGGAGGCUCUGCAGAAGAAGGCGGAGGAGAUUAACCGGCGCUCCGCUGACAUGUGGAGCUUUGCGGUGCUGCUGUGGGAGCUGGUGACCCGGGAGGUGCCCUUUGCGGACCUCUCCAACAUGGAGAUCGGCAUGAAGGUGGCCCUGGAGGGGCUGCGGCCCACCAUCCCCCCCGGCAUCUCCCCUCACAUCUGCAAGUUGAUGAAGAUCUGCAUGAACGAGGACCCGGCCAAGCGCCCCAAGUUUGACAUGAUUGUCCCAAUCCUGGAGAAGAUGCAAGAGAAGUGAGGGGGGCUCUCCCUCCAGCACCUGCUGCCGCCCGCCACCCUGACUUGCCCCAAGUGCCUUUGGGGAGGUGCUGCCGCCGCCGCCGCCGCCCUGCGUUUCCUCCCCCAGAGACGACAAUACGGUACAGAAGGCGCCCCCGCCUUGCCCUCCCCCACCGCACAAGAGCCCCCGUGGGCAAAGGUGGGGGGGGAGGGUGCGCUGCCAGCUGCCUCCACCGCAGCCUUCUUGUCCGCCCCCCCCGCCCCCGUGCCCCCCGCCGGUGUGAAGGCCAGCUCGCCCUCCAGCACCGACCACUGCCUGCCUCUGUGCUACACGGUUUUUAUCUUUUCCAUGCAGGCCCUGGGCGUAGCUUGCCAGGCUUGAAAUAAAGAGUUGUUUCAAGGA